GGCGGGGCGCGGAGAUGCCAGCGGGGCAGCGGGGCGCCGAGGGGUGCCUCGAGCGACGCCGGGCGCGGCUGCUGCCGGCCCGCAGGCCGGGCCCGCAGGCAGCGCAGGGGCCAUGGCGAUGCGCCUCUCGCGUACUCGCUUCAAGCACUACUGGUCGGCCGGCGACCUGCAGUACUUGGGGUCCUGGCAGCAGGUCCCGCCCAAGCUGCCCAACGGUGCGCUCGGCCCCGUCUCGUACGACGCGCGCGCGCCCGUGCCGAAGGACUGGAAGCUGCGCGGAAGUGGCAUGCACGGCCCCGAGAACGGCGAGGUCAUGAAGCUCGUGCUCUGGAACCGGCUGAAGCAGCGCAGGCCGCAGCGCGGCGAGGCCUCUCUUGCCGACAUGCAGGAGUUCUACCGUAUGGAGGUCGCCAUCGUUUGGUGGAUGUUUGGCCUCGUCUUCUUCAUGGCGCCACUUAACUGGUGGGGCAAGAAGUACCGCAUCGUCCACGACCACUACCCCUGGGCGCCCAAGCGCCACGACGGCACCCGCGGCGUCGGCCCGUACUGCUGGUUCCUGGCUCCGGGGCCGCGCGCGCGCGCGAUGGCCUGGCUGCCCGAGGCCGCGCCGCUCGUGCGGCAGGCCCCUGGCUUCGGCCUCGAGAACCCCUCCUGGCUCGAGAGGCAGGCCAGCUUCGCGUUCCCCGCGGGAGCCCCCGCGACCCCCGCGGCCCCGGCGCCCGGCGUGCGGCUGACAGCCACGCGCCAGGUGACGGUGGCGCUCCCGCCACGCGCAGGCGCGCACGCCCGCAGCCUCGUCCACCACGUGCAGGACGACUUCUCGCCCUACGCAGGGCGCGCCCGGUCGCGGAGCGAGUCGCUGGGGAGCUCCAGCAGCGGGAGCGAAUCGGGCAGCCGCGACGGCGGGGGGGAGUCGUGCGCGGGGCGCGCCUGCGGGGCCGUCACCUCGCCCGUGGGCCUGCUGCUCGGCAGGUGGUGCAGCUUCCUGCCCCACUUCGGGUACUGCCCGCCCCUGCCCGAGGAGGGCCCGCUGGGCACCCGGAGCGACACGCUCCACAGGCUGGGCAAGCUCGUGAGGCUGGUGUACGGGAAGGGGUGGGUCAACAAGGAGUACUUCGGGCUCCUCGACCCACCCCUGAACGGGGAGGGCUGGAUCGUGGAGGACCAGGUGGUGCAGACCGCCGGGUCCGGGAUGUCCAUUCAGGCGGCUUGCUACGUGCUGGAGGACGGCGCUGCCGACGUGGUGGUCGUGGCGCUGCGGGGCAUGGCCUCCCGGAGGGGCGCGUUCCAGGUGGUGGACGGCCGCCUGAUCUCGGGGCCCAUCAUACGGAGAGCGGUCAAGCAGGCCGUGUCCUUCUGCAAGCACUGCAGGCAGCGCUACCCCCACAGCUUCAUGUACGUGUGCGGGCACUCGCUCGGCGGCUUCCUCGCCGAGUGCGUGGCUUCCCUGUGCGGGGAGCCAGGGGUCUCGUUCAACAACCCGGGGCCCUGGCACUCGACCUGGCGGAACUUGACCGGGCACCUGCGCCCCCCUUUCGAGGUGCAUCUCACCCGCGGCGACCCGCUGAGGCACUUCUUCCCCAAGCCGGAGAGCAGCGCCCACAUAGGUAGGCCCAUUUGGCACAGCGGGAACAGUCACCGCAUCUGCAGGCCGUACAUGUGCGAGGUGGAGCGCAAGGAGCAGGACAAGCGCUACCUGAUGUGCGAGAUGUGUGGCGAGGGGAAGUGGCUCACGCGCGCCUGCAAGGACCUGCUGGGCAAGAGCGGGAGCGGGCUGUGCCAGGGGGCCAGCCAGCCCGACGACGACCCCGACGAGGGCCCGUACCUCCAGCGCAUCCUGCAGGGCCUGCAGGGCUUGCCCGGGACACCACAGCUGGAGGCCUUCAAGAACCAGUACGUCGCCGCGGCGGACGACGACGACGACGACGACGACGACGACGAGGGCGACCGCGCGCCGAUUUUGUCGCAGCAGGUUUGGCUCGCGAAGCGGGCCAUGGCUUGGGCAUCGGCGUACAAGGAGGAGUGCCAGCCGACCGUCGACACCCUCCGCGCCCAGUUGGAGCAGGCGGAGGAGGCCCUCGCGGUGGCGGUCACCCAGGAGCUCGCCGCCAAGGCCGACCAGCAGGCCUUCGCCCAGUUCCUGGCGGCUCACCCCAGCAUCGCGGCCCACGUCGGCGUGUGCGGGCCAGCGCGAGCCGCCGCGCCAGGCGCCGUGCCAGGGGCUGCGGCAGGCGGCGCAGGUUGCGGGGGCCCCGCCGCCGCCGCCGCGGGCGCGGCCCCAGCAGUGCCGCCGCCCCCUGCGGCCAUCGCCUUCGCCGCUGGCCAGCUGGGUGGGCCAGCGGCGGCGCAGAUGUUCGAGGACUGCGAGACCUCGUCCGCGCUACCCGGCUGCUGCAACUUCCCGGGCGUGACGACAGCCGAGGGCAGCGAGCUUUGGGAGACGUGUGCGGUGGACAGCAGAUGCGCCGAGGCGCACCGCGUGCCAGCGCGGGGAAACGGGUCCGAGAGGCAGGUGUACUGCAAGCUGCCAGAGAAUAGGGGAACAACAAGUGACAUAAACAUCACAACUCGGAGGUCCGCGCGGAUUUCUCGGAUCGGCGCUGGGGCCCCCCGGCGGCGCCUCCGGCGCAGCCCCUGGCGCGCUCCGCGCGCCGGGGAGGGGGGUCCAGCGCGGAUCCGAGAAACCCGCGCGGACCUCCGAGUUUUUAUGUUUAUGUCACUUUCUGUUCCCUUAGAGAAGGAGCAGGAGCACCCGAUCGGCGACGGAGGCGAAGACGCCGGAGAAGACACGGCGGGCCUGGACGGCCGCCACCGCGUCGGCGGCGUCGGUGUCUCCGUGCCGGGCGGGCUCGGGGUGCGCGGGGAGGCCACGUGCGAAGCGGCUGAGGUUGCAACGGGUCCGUGGUGCGAUUGCGUCAAGGAUCGGUGGGACGCGUAG